UCCUCCAGUGUUUGCCAAGAGAUGGACUUCCCUGCUUCCAUCUUGGCCUGAAGGCUGGUGAGGCUAGCUAGGGCAGAUCAGAGAUAAGACUAGACCAAUGGAGAUGGCAGCCAGAUCCCAGGAGUUCUGUGUCCACUGUGUCCUGAGAUGGAACAUUGCAUCCCAGAAGGUCUUUAGAUGAGUGUUUGUAGCAAGUGGGCUCACUCUGAUGGGGAGGUGAGCAACAGUCACACCAAUAGGUGUGUGAGGUAUGGUGGCAUUGGGGGUGCAGAUGAGAUCACCAGUGUGGACUCUGUGGCUCCAGUGACAACUUACAGCCCAGCAUUGUCUAUAUGACAUGAAAGACAGAGGUCCCACAGGCUCACUGCCAGGGUUGACAGCCUUUGGACCCUGCCCAGUCCUCUGGAAGCCUAACCCAAGGAGAAGUCUGGUUCCAGUAUCACCCCCCACCUCUCAGGAAUCCUGUUCACUGACGGCCUUUUCUCUGCCCACAGGAAGCCGGCUGCUGGCAUGGGUGUUAUGGCUACAGGCCUGGCGGGUGGCAGCACCAUGCCCUGGCGCUUGCGUGUGCUACAAUGAACCCAAGGUGACAACAAGCUGCCCCCAGCAAGGCCUGCAGGCCGUGCCCACCGGCAUCCCAGCUUCCAGCCAGCGCAUCUUCCUGCACGGCAACCGCAUCUCUCAUGUGCCAGCCGCCAGUUUCCAUGCAUGCCGAAAUCUCACCAUUCUAUGGCUACACUCCAAUGUACUGGCCCGGAUUGAUGCCACUGCCUUUGCUGGCCUGACCCUCCUGGAGCAGCUAGACCUCAGCGACAAUGCACAGCUUCAUGCUGUGGACCCUGCCACAUUCCAUGGCCUGGGGCGCCUGCACACACUCCACCUGGACCGCUGUGGCCUGCAGGAGUUGGGCCCAGGCCUCUUCCAUGGACUGGCAGCUCUGCAGUACCUCUACCUUCAAGACAACAGCCUACAGGCGCUGCCUGACAACGCUUUCCGUGACCUAGGCAACCUCACACACCUCUUUCUGCACGGCAACCGCAUCCCCAGUGUGCCUGAGCACGCUUUUCGUGGCCUGCAUAGUCUUGACCGCCUCCUCUUACACCAGAACCAUGUGGCUCGUGUGCACCCACAUGCCUUCCGGGACCUUGGCCGCCUCAUGACGCUCUACCUGUUCGCCAACAACCUCUCCAUGCUCCCGGCAGAAGUGCUAGUGCCCCUGAGGGCUCUGCAAUACCUGCGACUCAAUGAUAACCCCUGGAUAUGCGACUGCCGGGCACGUCCACUCUGGGCCUGGCUGCAGAAGUUCCGAGGUUCCUCAUCAGAGGUGCCCUGCAGCCUGCCCCCACGCCUGGCUGGCCGAGACCUUAAGCGCCUAGCUGCCAGUGACCUGGAGGGUUGUGCUGUGACUUCAGGACCCUUCCGUCCCAUCCUGACUGAUGAGGAGCUGCUGGGCCUUCCCAAGUGCUGCCAGCCAGAUGCUGCGGACAAAGCCUCGGUGCUGGAGUCCGGGAGGCCAGCCUCUGCUGGCAAUGCCCUCAAGGGGCGUGUACCACCUGGUGACAACCCACCAGGCAAUGGCUCAGGCCCACGGCAUAUCAAUGACUCUCCAUUUGGAACCCUGCCCAGCUCUGAAGAGCCCCCACUAACUGCAUUGAGGCCUGAGGGUUCUGAGCCACCAGGACUGCCCACCACUGGCCCUCGCCGGAGGCCAGGUUGUUCUCGAAAGAAUCGCACCCGCAGCCAGUGCCGUCUGGGUCAGGCAGGCAGUGGGGGCGGUGGAACUGGGGAUGCAGAGGGUUCAGGGGCCCUGCCAGCUCUGGCCUGCAGCCUUGUACCCCUGGGCCUUGCACUGGUGCUGUGGACAGUGCUUGGGCCCUGCUGACCAGCCACCAGCCACCAGGUGUGUGUAUAUAUGGGGUCUCCUUCCAUGCUGCCAGCCAGAGCUGGGGACAGAUUCCGUGGGGCAGGCCAGGCCCUCCUUGAUGGAUGCCUCCCCAUCAGCCCUCCCCCAUUUCCACCCCAUCAUGUUUACAGGGUUCUGGGGGUGGCGUUUGUUCCAGAACGCCGCCUCCCACCCGGAUCGCGGUAUAUAGAGAUAUGCAUUUUAUUUUACUUGUGUAAAAAUAUCGGAUGACGUGGAAUAAAGAGCUCUUUUCUUAAA